GGGAGGUGGAGUCCAGAGGCAAGCCCCGCCUAGGCCACGGGCGGAAAUGGCUCCUCGCCUUGCUUUGCCGCCCCUCCUCACUCUCGCCCAAUCCCUGCGGCCGUCAGAGAGCCAACCAAUGUUUGUCUCGGCAUUUUCCCGCGACAAGUGUUACUAAUAUCCGGGAAUGGAAAGGGGAGAACUUCCGGGUGAGGCAUAGUUGUACCCUAGCUUGACGCCUUUUGCUGGAAGAGCACUGCUGGGGUUAGGAUUCUGCGCGGCGAGGCAAGAUGCUCAAAUCCAAGACGUUCUUAAAAAAGACUCGGGCGGGCGGCGUGAUGAAAAUCGUGCGCGAGCACUACCUGCGAGACGACAUCGGCUGCGGUGCGCCCGGGUGCGCAGCGUGUGGCGGGGCGCACGAGGGGCCGGCCCUGGAGCCGCAGCCCCAGGACCCGGCCAGCAGCCUUUGCCCGCAGCCGCACUACUUGCUGCCCGACACUAAUGUGUUACUGCACCAGAUUGUAAGUGCCUGGAGGCCGGGGACCUGGGCUUCUGUGGCCUCCAGCCUGCGACUCCCAGGCAGCUUAUUGAUGUUCUUGAGGACCCUGCCAUCAGGAAUGUAAUUGUGCUACAAACAGUUCUUCAAGAAGUGAGAAAUCGCAGCGCCCCCGUAUAUAAACGCAUCCGAGAUGUGACUAAUAAUCAAGAGAAGCAUUUCUAUACUUUCACUAAUGAGCACCAUAGAGAAACCUAUGUAGAACAAGAACAGGGAGAAAAUGCUAAUGACAGGAAUGAUAGAGCAAUUCGAGUAGCAGCAAAAUGGUACAAUGAACAUUUGAAAAAAAUGUCAGCAGACAACCAGCUGCAAGUUAUCUUCAUAACAAAUGACAGGAAAAACAAAGAGAAAGCCGUAGAAGAAGGAAUACCAGCUUUCACUUGUGAAGAAUAUGUAAAGAGCCUAACUGCUAACCCCGAACUCAUAGAUCGUCUUGCUUGUUUGUCUGAAGAAGGGAAUGAAAUAGAAAGUGGAAAAAUAAUAUUUUCAGAGCAUCUUCCCUUAAGUAAGCUACAGCAAGGUGUAAAAUCUGGUAUAUACCUUCAAGGAACAUUUAGAGCCAGCAGGGAAAAUUACUUAGAAGCUACAGUAUGGAUUCAUGGCGACAAUGAAGAAAAUAAAGAGAUAAUCUUACAGGGACUUAAACAUUUAAACAGAGCUAUUCACGAAGAUAUUGUGGCUGUGGAGCUUCUCCCCAAGAGUCAGUGGGUGGCACCAUCUUCUGUGGUUUUACAUGAUGAAGGUCAAAAUGAAGAAGAUGUAGAGAAAGAAGAAGAGAGAGAACGAAUGCUUAAGACUGCUGUAAGCGAGAAAAUGUUGAAGCCUACAGGUAGAGUUGUUGGAAUAAUAAAAAGGAAUUGGAGACCAUAUUGUGGCAUGCUUUCCAAGUCUGACAUUAAGGAGUCAAGAAGACAUCUCUUUACACCUGCUGAUAAGAGAAUCCCUCGAAUUCGCAUAGAAACCAGACAGGCUUCUACAUUAGAAGGACGAAGAAUUAUUGUUGCUAUUGAUGGUUGGCCCAGAAAUUCCAGAUAUCCAAAUGGACACUUUGUGAAAAAUUUAGGCGAUGUUGGAGAGAAAGAGACUGAAACAGAAGUUUUGUUACUUGAACACGAUGUUCCCCAUCAGCCUUUUUCACAGGCUGUUCUUAGUUUUCUGCCAAAGAUGCCCUGGAGCAUUACUGAAAAGGACAUGAAAAACCGAGAAGACCUGAGGCAUCUGUGUGUUUGUAGUGUCGACCCACCAGGAUGUACUGAUAUAGAUGAUGCUCUACAUUGUCGAGAACUCGAAAAUGGAAAUUUGGAGGUUGGUGUUCAUAUUGCUGAUGUGAGCCAUUUUAUUAGGCCAGGAAAUGCCUUGGAUCAAGAAUCAGCCAGAAGAGGAACAACUGUGUAUCUUUGUGAAAAGAGGAUUGACAUGGUUCCAGAGUUGCUUAGCUCUAACUUGUGUUCCUUAAAAUGUGACGUUGACAGGCUGGCAUUUUCAUGUAUUUGGGAAAUGAGUCAUAACGCUGAAAUCUUAAAAACGAAGUUUACCAAAAGUGUUAUUAAUUCAAAGGCAUCUCUGACAUAUGCUGAAGCUCAGUUGAGAAUUGAUUCAGCAAACAUGAAUGAUGAUAUUACCACUAGUCUCCGUGCACUGAAUAAACUAGCCAAAAUUCUGAAGAAAAGAAGGAUUGAAAAAGGGGCUUUGACUCUGUCCUCUCCUGAAGUUCGAUUCCACAUGGACAGUGAAACUCAUGAUCCUAUAGAUCUGCAGACCAAGGAACUUAGGGAAACAAAUUCCAUGGUUGAAGAAUUUAUGUUACUUGCCAAUAUUUCUGUUGCAAAAAAAAUUCAUGAGGAAUUUUCUGAACAUGCUCUGCUUCGAAAACAUCCUGCUCCACCUCCAUCAAAUUAUGAAAUUCUUGUUAAGGCAGCCAGGUCAAGGAAUUUGGAAAUUAAGACUGAUACAGCCAAGUCUUUGGCUGAGUCUUUGGAUCAGGCCGAAUCUCCUACUUUUCCAUAUCUAAACACUCUGUUGAGAAUAUUAGCCACUCGCUGUAUGAUGCAAGCUGUGUACUUCUGUUCUGGAAUGGAUAAUGAUUUUCAUCACUAUGGCUUAGCAUCUCCAAUAUACACACAUUUUACUUCACCCAUCAGAAGAUACGCAGAUGUCAUUGUUCAUCGGCUUUUGGCUGUGGCUAUUGGGGCUGACUGUACUUAUCCGGAGUUGACAGACAAACACAAGCUUGCAGAUAUAUGUAAAAAUCUAAAUUUCCGGCACAAAAUGGCUCAAUAUGCCCAACGUGCAUCAGUGGCUUUUCAUACCCAGUUAUUUUUCAAAAGCAAAGGAAUAGUAAGUGAAGAAGCCUAUAUUUUAUUUGUAAGAAAGAAUGCCAUUGUGGUAUUAAUUCCAAAGUAUGGUUUAGAAGGGACAGUCUUUUUUGAAGAAAAGGACAAACCAAACCCGCAGCUUAUUUAUGAUGAUGAGAUACCCUCACUUAAAAUAGAAGAUACAGUGUUCCAUGUAUUUGAUAAAGUUAAAGUGAAAAUCAUGUUAGACUCAUCUAAUCUUCAGCAUCAGAAAAUCCGAAUGUCCCUGGUAGAACCACAGAUACCAGGAAUAAGCAUUCCUACUGAUACUUCAAACAUGGAACUUAAUGGACCAAAGAAAAAGAAGAUGAAGCUUGGAAAAUAGCUAUAUUCAACAAAAAUCUUCAAAGACUGGUUUCUUUUUUAAAAGAAAAAACUUGAAAGAACACUUCUAAGCCUAAAUGUGUGAUACAGUUUGUUACUUUUAAGUACAUUUUAAUAAUUUCAGACAUUUGCAUUUUUAUUGAACGGUUGACUGUAUCUGUCCCAUCAUGCUACUUUACUUCUGGGUUGAACAGAAUUAUUUAUGCAGAAUAAUUCAAUUGAAUAUCCAUCACUUAAAUACAGUGACAGGACAGCAACUUCAGGGAUCUGUAAAGAUCAUUUAAAUGGAGUGCUCAUCUCAUUGAGGAGCGGAUUAAUUUUGCAUAAGUACUUUGAUUAUUUAAUAUUUGUAAGAAAAAACUUUCAUUUUCCUACAGAGGAAAAUAGAACAAUUUUAGAAGCAAGGAACAAUCUCUUUUCUAAGUCUUGGAAGCUGUCAGUGUUGAGGAUGUAAUCUCCUUUGCCAUCUUUUAAUUCACCUACCUUACACUAGGUGUUCUCUUACUGUCUUUAAAAGCUUCCUGUAUUUUAUUAGUGGUCCUUGAAAAACUGUGAAUGUUUGGGAAUUGGUAGAAAGGCAAAAAGUAGGAUAUUUUGACCUGACUGGAAAAAUGGUUGUGUUUUUAUUACCAGGUAAUAAGUGUGAUCAUUGUUGAACUUCAGCUCCAAUAUCUCUCCAGAAUAAGACAUUGGCAUUCAAAUGUCUACAUCUUGUUACUUACAAAAUAAAAAACAGAUAAUUAGUAGCUUUUAAAUUGUAGUUAUAUCAGUGUAUAUACACGAGGGGAACUGUAUAAAGACAUACUAAAGGGAACAGAUUAAAGUAAGUAUUACUAAUAAAAUUUGGUGUGCCAGACUGACUACUUCCCUUGCUAAUCACAGAGAUUAGUAAUGAUUAAAUUAAUAUCUUCAGGAAUAUUUUGGGAUAGGGUUGCCUUAAAACAUUUUAUUUGGCUUAUUCAAUUUCUAAAGCACUUAACGUUGUGCCAGGUUCCACUCAAGUAAACUAUCUCUGCCUUCAAGGAGCUUGCAGUAUAGUGAGAAAAGCCUGGCCAGUAAAUCAGCAGGUAUACUAAAUAGGUAGUCAUUUAGGCACUCAAUAAAUGUUGACUAAUUUUUCCAGUUUCCUAUUACUGAGGAAAACCUCCAUACGUUGAGGCAGAAACUUGUGUCAAUUGGAGGAAAAUAGACGAGUAGUCUUUGGUCCAGGUAAAAUGGGUCAGUGACACUAAAACAGUAGAGUAGGAGUCAAAAAACCUUUUCUGUGAAGUGCUAUAACAUUUUAGACUUUGUUGGCCAUGGUCUGUAUUGCAACUAUAGUCCACAACUCUGCCGCUGAUAGUGUGUAAGGAGCCACAUACAAUGUGUAAACAAAUCAACAUGACUGUGUUCCAACAAGGCCUGAUUUGUUAAGUUUCAUAUAUAGUCAUGUGUCACAUAAUGACAGGGAUAUGUUCUGAGACAUGUCACUUGGCAAUUUCAUCAUUGUGCGAAAAUCAUGAUGUAGUUACACAAACCUGGAUGGUAUACCCUAUGGUAUCCUAUAUGGGAUAGCCUAUUGCUCCUAACCUACAAACCCGUAUGGCAUAUUACUGUACUGAUUACUGUAGGCAGUUGUAACACAGUGCUAAGUAUUUGUGUAUCUAAACAUAUCUAAACAUAAAAAAGGUACAGUAAAAAUACAUAUACAGAUAUAUAUAAGAUAUAAAAUGGUACACCUAUUUAGGACAUUUACCAUGAACAAGUUGGCAGGACUGGAAGCUGGCUCUGGGUGAGUCAGUAAGUGCUUAGUGAAUGUGAAGGCCAUGAUAUUACCGUGCACUACUGUAGACUUUUAUAAACACUAUACACUUAGGCUACAUAAAGUAAUUUCACUAUGAUGUUACCAUGGCUGUGUCCCCAGGCAAUAGGAAUUUUUCAGCUCCAUUGUAAUCUUACGGGAUCAUUAUCAUAUAUUUGGCCACUGUUGACCAAAAGUUAUGCAGCACAUCAUUAUAAUUUUAAUGUGUCACAAAACAUUACUCAUUUGAUUCCCCCUACCCCUGCCAACCAUUUAAAAAAGUUUGCUGGCUAGGUGCGGUGGCUCACACCUGUAAUCCUAGCAUUUUGGGAGGCCGAGGCGGGUGGAUCACCUGAUGUCAGGAGUUUGAGACCAGCCUGGCCAACAUGGUAAAACCCCAUCUCUACUAAAAAUACAAAAACUUAGUUGGGUGUAAUGGCAGACGCCUGUAAUGCCAGCUACGUGGGAGGCUGAGGCAGGAGAAUAGCUUGAACCUAGGAGGUGGAAGUUGCAGUGAGCCGAGAUCGCACCACUGCAGUUGAGCCUGGGUGAUGAGAGUGAGACUCCGUCGCAAAAAAAAAAAAGAAAAUUAGCCAGGUGUGGUGGCAAGUGCCUUUAAUCCCACCUACUCAAGAGGCUGAGGAAGGAGAAUCGCUUGAACCUGGGAGGCAGAGGUUGCAGUGAGCCAAGAUCACGCCACUGCACUCCAGCCUGCGUGACAGAACGAGACUGUCUCAAAAAAACAAAAAGAAUAAAAACUGCCUACAGGCUAUAGUUAACCUGCAAUAGAGAAGAAAGGGAAGUAGGGCAGUGCAUGACUGGCCUUAGGUUUUUUCUUUCCAAGUUUAUUUUCUUGUGCUUCAGCUACUAGAGAGGUUUAAUUCAGGGGUAAGUCCCAAUUGAGUAGUUCAAGAUGAUCAGAGACUUUGCUAUUUUCCCCUAAGUUUCUAUUCCAUAAUCUAAAAUGUUCUGUUUCUAGUGCCAGUUCUUAUGCUAAGCAGGUUACAUGGAAUAUAUCACUUAACUCAAAAAGCCCUGUUAAGCCAGGACUGUUAUCUCCAUUUAACAGAUGAGAAAAUGGAAGUUUAUGGUCUGUUCUCACACUGCUAUGAAGAAAUACCCCAAACUGGGUAAUUAACAAAGGAAAGAGGUUUAAUGGACUCAGUUCCGCAUUGCUGGGGAGGCCUCAGGACACUUACAGUCAUGGCAGAAGGCAAAGGAGAAGCAGGCACCUUUUUCACAGCGCGGCAGGACGAAAUGACUGCCAGCAGGGGAAAUGCCAGACGCUUAUAAAACCUUCAGAUCUCAUGAGACUGGCUCACUAUCACGGGAACAGCAUGGAGGAAACCGCCCCCAUGAUCCAGUUACCUCCACCUGGUCCCACCCUUGACACGUGGGGAUUGUUUUACAGUUCAAGGUUAGAUUUGGGUGAGGACACAAAGCCGUACCACAUCAGCCCAGAUCAAGUAGUGACAGAGUAGGGAUUUGAAUACAGGUUAUAGUCACUAUUUUGUUAUUUCUUGACUUGUACUAGUAAAAAACUGUAGCCAGUGAGGCUUCUACCCUUAGUACCCAGAACUCCUUUUAUGUAUAGCAAUUGCUUUUAGGUAAAUUUAUAUUGAGUUUAACACCUGUGUGAUUAAAGACAACUUUCCAAUGCAGUAUCUGUAGCCAUGGCCCCUAAUGGCUAUUAGUGUUCAUGGUUAGUGUGUUGAAGAAGAUGAGCCAGGUACAUAACGCGGCACAUUUUCUGCAGAUCAGCAGUAAGGUUUCAAGGUACACUUAUGGAGGAAAGAAGAAAAUGACACAUUGAUAACAUAGGUCUUUAUUUCCUAAGGGUACAUAUGAAUGAUUCCCUUUUGAAUGAGACAGUUUUUAAAAGUUGAUUUAUAAAUACAAAAAUACAUUCUCCGAAGAUAGUAUUUCCAAACUGUUAUAUACCCAUCUACUCCCAACAUGGAUAUAAGUUUUUUUAAAAAAUAGUUGUAUAUAACAUAUGUAUCUGCCCCAGUGUUACUUCACAGGCCUACGCCCUAUAGGAACUCCACUCUCCCAGCCCCUUUUUCUCUUGGUUCUCCCACAUUCUUUCUCUCCCACAUCCUUACCCACGUUUGAGCUGGAAAGGAUGUCCCUACCCUAGGCAUGAGGUAUAUUUUAUUCUGGGCACCACACAUUUGCCCCAUAGAUAACAAUACAUGUGAUGAUGUCGCUAGUACUACCUUUCUAGUAUUUACAUACUUAAAAGUAGUAACUAGAACAGUUAUCACUGGAACUAAGAAUUUUCCCCACAGAGGUGAACAGACAGUUCAAUAAUUAAAAUUUCAGGAAACCUGUUUAAUUUCCUUUUUUGUAUCUUCGAUAAGUUAGUUUUAUAUCUAAGAUUUCUUCACAUGGGUUAUAAUUCAUCUGUAUGUUCAAGCUUUCAUGUAAAAAUAUAUAGUGCCUUCAGUUUUAACAUAGUUUCACAUGUUCUCAGAACUGCUAAAUUCAGUGCCAUCAGUAAGGCUUAAUAAGUAGUUCAUUGGCCCUGUAAGAUAGGAGCACUCAGCUCUGUCACAAUUUGUUGUUAAACACAUCACUCAAUGUAAGUAUAAAAAUAUUUAUUAAUAAAAAAUAAACUUAUAAUUCAGCAA